ACACAUUUGUUUCAUUGCUUUUAAGCGUCUGUGUGGGAGGCUCUGAAUAAGUCAAUGAGAGGACUUCAGUCAGAGCAGCACGCAGGUCUACUGAGCAGAUCAGAUGACAUGCUCAGGAAAUUAACAAGAAGAGCUAUCAGUUUCUUUCUCGAAGCCUUCUGAAAUCUGAGCCUCUGCAGAAGACUAAACCCUGGGGCCUUACCUACAGAAAUGGACAGAAGCUUGUAUACUCUCAUUUUCAAGAACCCAAAAAUUUUUUUAAAGGAAGGAGUCAACUUUGGCUUUGAGUUUUCAGCCUGGGUACAAUGCCUUUAAAAAGCAGAUGACCAGCUUAGCUACCGACCAUGCAGACCAUUGUCCGGAAUUGGAUCACAUCACACAAAAACAGCGAAUGGCCUUCUCUUACAGAAUAUCAGAACAGAGCACAAUUCCUGAGCACAUUUUGCAGAGCUCCUUUCAUCACUUAAUCUUUGCUAACUGGUCUGGAUUACAGACAGAAUCGAUACCAGAGGAAAUGAAACAGACUGGUGAGCAACAGGGAGAUAAACCGCGCUGGGCAGCUCUUCUGAUACUCCUGGUGAUAAUACCCACAAUUGGUGGGAACAUCCUUGUUAUUCUGGCUGUUUCACUGGAGAAAAAGCUGCAGUAUGCUACUAAUUAUUUUCUAAUGUCCCUGGCAGUGGCUGAUUUGCUGGUUGGAUUGUUUGUGAUGCCAAUUGCCCUCUUGACAAUAAUGUUUGAGGCUAUGUGGCCCCUCCCACUUGUUCUAUGCCCUGCCUGGUUAUUUCUUGAUGUUCUUUUUUCUACUGCAUCCAUCAUGCAUCUCUGUGCCAUUUCCGUGGAUCGUUACAUAGCCAUCAAAAAGCCAAUCCAGGCCAAUCAAUAUAACUCACGAGCCACAGCACUCAUCAAGAUUACAGUGGUAUGGCUAAUUUCAAUAGGCAUUGCCAUUCCAGUACCCAUUAGAGGGAUAGAAACUGAUGCAGGUAACCCAAGCAACAUCACCUGUGUGCUGACAAAGGAUCGUUUUGGCAACUUCAUGCUCUUUGGCUCACUGGCUGCCUUCUUCACACCUCUGGCAAUCAUGAUUGUCACCUACUUUCUCACUAUCCAAGCUUUACAGAAGAAAGCUUACUUGGUCAAAAAUAAGCCACCUCAACACCUAACGUGGUUGGCUGUGUCUACAGUCUUCCAAAGUUCCAAAGAAACACCUUGCUCAUCACCUGAAAAGGUGGCAAUGCUGCAUAGUUCCCACAAAGGCAAAACUCUGCCCAACUCAAGUGAUAAGAUACGAAGGCGAAGAAUGUCCACAGUUGGAAAAAAGUCUGUGCAGACCAUUUCCAAUGAACAGAGAGCCUCUAAGGUUCUAGGAAUUGUUUUUUUUCUCUUUUUGCUUAUGUGGUGCCCCUUUUUUAUUACAAAUAUUACUUUAGUUUUAUGUGAUUCCUGCAACCAGACUACUCUCAAAAUGCUCCUAGAGGUAUUUGUGUGGAUAGGCUACGUUUCCUCAGGGGUGAAUCCUUUGGUCUACACCCUCUUCAAUAAGACAUUUCGGAAUGCAUUUGGCCGAUACAUCAGCUGCAAUUACCGGGCCAUAAAAUCAGUAAAAACUGUCAGAAAAUGUUCCAGCAAUAUCUACUUCCAAAAUCCAAAGGCAGAGAACUCUAAGUUUUUCAUGAAACAUGGAAUGAGAAAUGGGAUUAAUCCUGCCAUGUUCCAGAGCCCAAUGAGGCUCCACAGUUCAAACAUUCAGGCUUCCUCAAUCAUUCUAUUAGAUACACUUCUCCUCACAGAAUACGAAGGUGACAAAACUGAAGAGCAAGUCAGUUAUGUAUAGAAGGAAUGUCAGUUUUCAUCUAAUUAAUAUAACAAUGAAUAAGGUGAUGAAGAUGAUAUAAAUGUACCAAGAAUUAUAAAAGAAGAACUUUAUGUCAUGUAUCAAAUCAUCUCUUUAAAAUAAGAGUUAUCUAUUAAGAUGUACAAUUUUCUUUAUUUGGACAAAACUACUCCAUGAAAAAAAUCAUUUUGUAUAGCUGAAAGCAAAAACAAUCCAAAAACAAUCUGCUGUCUGGCUAAAUGUUAAGGUAUUCAAAUGAAAUAAAAUUAAGUAAAUCAAUAAGUUUCAGUCUUAAAAAUAAACAAUGUCAUUGUAAGAA